CCUGUAAACAAAUAUGACCACCGAGGACGAUUUCUACGGUUUUAGUGACCAAGGAAAUGAUAUAUUUGAUGAAUGUUCAUCAGACGAAGAACACCACGAAAGUAUCUGUUUAGAUUCGAGUGACGAAGAGGAUACUGAUACGGAGGAUGCGAUGAGUGAUUGGUCAGAUCUGAAUGAUUCAGAAACCAGUGAUGAUGACACUAAAGAAACGAGUAAAGAUGGAACAAAAUGGGCCAAAGUUCCGUACAAGUCAACAAACCUGAACUAUAAGAAUACGUUUUCGAAUAUAUCUGCUCACCAGGUUAACUUACCGCCCGAUGCUGUGAUUAAGAACCCGGAAGAUGCGUUUUUCUUGUAUUUUAAUGAUUUCAUUAUAACUGAAAUCGUAAAAUAUACAAACAUCGAAGCUGAAAACCAUACCGAAAAUUGGAAACCUGUGGAUGUUAUCGAAAUGCGAGCGUUUUUCGGAUUGCUACUAACUGCUGGACACCUCAAACAGAACAACACGAACUACAUAACUUUGUGGAGCGUUAAGUACGGGUCACCCAUAUUUCGUGCGACAAUGAGCCUCGUCAGAUUCAAAUUACUUCUAAGAUUUAUCCGUUUCGAUGACAAGGCGACCCGGUCAAUUCGCAGAGCUACAGAUAAACUGGCGCCGAUACGGGAUAUAUUUGAGGAAUGUAACAAGAUGUUCGCUAAGUUCUAUAUUCCAGGACAUUUUUUGACAGUUGAUGAGCAGAUGAUUGGUUGGCGAGGAAGGUGUCCAUUUAUGCAAUUCAUGCCAAAGAAACCUGAUAAAUAUGGCAUGAAAAUGUUUUGGAUAUGCGAUGCUAAAACAGCGUAUCCGUUGAGCGCGAUACCGUACCUUGGUAAAGAAGGAAAUGAAAGAGCAAAAGCUGGACUCGGUGAACGAAUUGUUUUGAAAUUGUGCGAGCCAUAUUUUCAAUCUAACAGACACGUUACGUACGACAACUUUUUUGGAUCGUUGGACCUGGCUAAAACUCUACUAAACAACAAACUGACAUCGCUCACCACCGUGAAAAAAAAUAAAAGAUUCGUGCCGGCAUCAUUUCAACCUAACAAACUCCGCACAAUUCAUUCGUCGAUUUUUGGUUUCAAGAAAAAGGCAACUUUAGUCUCGUAUGUGCCGAAGCGCAGCAAAGCUGUGAUUUUAUUGUCGACUAUGCACAGUUCAGUGGAUAUCGUUGAUACUGAACACAAGAAACCAAAAAUGAUUUUGGACUACAACAACACCAAAGGCGGUGUUGAUACGUUCGACCAAAUGAUUCACGAGUAUUCGUCUAAACGAAAGACAAAUCGUUGGCCGCUUUCUUACUUCUUCAACCUAAUGGACGCUUCAGCACUCGCUGCCUAUAACAUUUGGAUUACAACCAACCACUCCUGGAAGACCCAAGUCGCCGACAGACGAUGCCAAUUUCUCAAAACUUUGUGCGAGAAUUUGGUCACUCCACUAAUUGCUAGAAGAAUGAAGAAUUUGGUUGGCGUUUGCUUGGAGACAAAGGCUGCAAUGGAUCUGUUCUUACCAUCUGCUAUCAACAACGACAAACCCAAACUCGGAUCAGAAGAACCAAAAACAAAUGAAAAAUCCAAACCGGAGGGGAGUGGGCAAAAGCGACGAUGCAGAUUCUGCCCAUAUUCCAUUGGACGAAGACAAAAACAACAAUGUGGUCGCUGUGAGGUUAAUGUUUGCAACUCGCACUGUACAAAAACAAUUAUUUGUCAAAAGUGUUUAAAUUAAAACAAAAAAUCAAACUCACAACACAAUUGAUGCAAGAAGAUGUACUGAAUAAAUUUAUAACAAAUGUGAAUGUCGCUGUUUAUAUUAUGAAGCCCUACACGGUGGUGCAAAAGUGUUUGGCGAGAAACGACACGUCCAUGAACACGUUUUGACACACAAAGCAGUUAUUCGCUUACAAUUGCUAAAGUCAACAAAGAAUUGAUUUUUCGAUUCCUUUUUUGUGUAUACG